AUGCUCAAUCAUUCAAAGUAUCUUUUUAACAUAUAUUUAGAUUUAUCACUGUCAAUAAUAUUAGGCACAUCAGGAUAUUACUUAUACGAAAAAAGAUUAAAUUUACCUCGAAGACACACACUCAUCAGCCUUCUUAGGAAUAAAGAAUGGUACAACCGAAAAGACCAAAACUGUUAG